AAGCAACAGCUGAUUGGUGUUGCUAUUUCGAAUUUAUUCGCUUGAACAGUAUAGUUUUUUAACAAUUAAUUUAAUAUUAAGACUGCGUAUAUAUAUUAAAUCAGUUUAUUAUUUUGUCUGGCACUGCGAUACAGCGUACCUGUUAACAAAACAAAAGAACAAAAAUGGUUGAUCCCAACCGCAAAAUUAACCGACUGCCAGAGAAAGAUGUAAGUUUUCUAGAGGAAUGUGAGUCAGAAUUUGCCUUGCGCUACACCACAGACGAUGCUGAAUUUAUGGCGCACUGUGCCAAGCCCGUGCCCGAGCCACCGCUGGUAGACAACUGGAUGAGCGGUGGUGGUGGAGGAGGAGGUGGCGGCGGAGGAGGCGGCGGUGGUCACAAUUCAUAUAAUAAUCGCUACAAUGGAGGUCAACGCCGAGGCGGCGGCAAUCGUGGAUGGCAUAGACGUGGUGGCGGCGGUCAUGACCGUUAUAGAGAUAAUCGAAACUAUCGACAUGAGGAAUAUCCUCGCAGAGAUCGCAGUGGCGGUGGCGGCGGUAGAGACGGAGGUGGAGGAUAUGGAGAUCGCAGACAUCGCAAUGAACCGUCACAGAGCGGACCAACUGGUCCGCCCAUGAAUGUGAGGCGAGACUACGGCAACUUUGUGCCCGCCUCGCGAGAUUAGCAUGCAAUUUAAAGUGCCCCCAAUUUUUACACGUGUAUAAUUAUAUAUAUAGAUAAUAUACUGGACAGCUUGCAUGAUGUUUGAAAGCUAUAA